UAGUCGCAGUAGUUGUACGUCGAGCAUUGGAAGUGUGAAAUUCUCAUUAGAAAAGUUGUCAUUUUGUUUUGUUCAUCUCUGUUAUCGCAUUUUAUUUCAUACACAUAGAUACCAAUAUUUCUCAAUUCAUAUUUUUUUUUGUUGAUUCGGGUGUUUUUUUAAACUUUCUUUACCGUUUUUCUGGUGGCCACAUCGUAUCGCGCACACAAUAUAUUACUCUUUUUUUUCAUCUCUCUUUUGUGUGUCAAUUUGAAUUGUUGUCGCAUUUUAACGCGUGAUAACUAAAAAUCAGUUUGAAUAACAACCCAACAUGCAAAACCGAAAUUUCAAUUGGACGUCUGUCGUUGUCAAAAUGCAAAUAUCAAGAAAAUAAAGGAAAAAAAAAAAAAGAAACGUCGACAGCAUAGGAAUAAAUAUUCAGUUAUGAGAGUCAAAUCAACACAGCUUUAGUGCAAUGGAGCAGCAGCAAUAUUUUUUAAGGAACAAACGAACGAGCGCCUAAAAAACAAUUUUCUUGUAAAGUGUGUGUACAACGACGAUAUUUACAAUAAUCACAAAUGAAACAAAAACAAAAAAACGAUCACACGAAUGUAACAGAAAAGUGAAAAAAAAAAUCGUUGGCGAUACCGAGUGCCAAUCGUGGUGUUGUGUGUUGUAUUUCAGCGCUCAAAAACAAUGAGCACGCAGAUCAACGACGAGAAAGAGAGAGAGAGAGAGAGAGAGAGAAAAAUUUUUGUUUUGUGUACAAAUGUAUUUUUGGCUACAGUUCGUUUUAUUUUCCCUCAAAAAUAAACGAUGCAUUUUUAUUUAUUCUGUGUGGCGGUGAGAGUAAUUCUGGCUGGCGGUGAGAAUGUGCGUGUUCUAAUUUAUGAAAUGUGCAAUUAAAAUUUUUUUUUUCUUAAUGAAUUUUAAAUUAGGAAAAAAGACAUAUUGAAUACAUGCACAUUUAUUGAACGAAACAGCAAAAGAAACAAAUCAAUGAACGAACGAGAAAAAAAUAAUAACAAAAAUCAACAAGAAUCUGCCGAGCGCUGUGGAAAAUCAUCGCGAAAAACGCGAAAAUCCACACAUUUGUACAACGUCUAUCACGUAAUUUGCAAACAAUGAACAUAAAGUGAACAAUAUGUAAACAUGUGAAAUAUAUAUACAUAUAUAUUAGAUGUUCGACCCAAAACUUGUGUGUAUGUAUUAUUGUUAUUAUUAUUGUGUGACACACAAUUCCACACUAGAAAGAAUCACCAACAGCAACAGUAAGGCAUCAGCAGCGGUAGUAAAAGCGGUAGCAGUUGAUACCAGCAAUAAGUUCAAGUUAUAAGACCAAAAAAAAAUAUGUAUACACGAAACGCAUACAUUAAAAACAACAAAAAAACGAAAAGAGUAGAAAAAAAAAACACGCAGAAAAAAACAACAGUCAGCGCACGAACGAAAACACUAGGAGAAGAAAAAAUGUGCCAUCUCAAGACGAUUUCCGAACAGUGAUUGUUUUGUGUGCACAAGUGUUAAAUGACGAUGUUUAGUAACUAUAAUGCACGAUAAUAGACUUAGAAGAAGAAGAAAAAAGAAACAAACAUUUGGAAAUCGCAGACAAAUGCAAAAUUCUCUUUCAAUAAAUCCAAUACAUUCUGGUUUGACGAGGCUUUACGCGCCUUCGAUGUGAAUUUAAAAAGGGACAACAAAUAAAAGAAACACUACGGACGAAAGAGUCGGUGGGGGAAAAAAAGAGAGAAGAGAAUCGUAUAACGAAGGAACAGUGUAUCAAAACAAGUUUCAUCGACGUAUGUAAAUUUCUGACCAACAAAAGCUCAACAAAGAUUUACAAGAGGAACAGAAGAAAACACAACAACAAAAAUUGACGGGAAAAAAAAAUAUAGAAACAAGAAAUAUUGUCAUCAUGGCGAACCCGCGAAAAUUCAGCGAAAAAAUCGCCCUACAUAAUCAAAAGCAGGCUGAAGAAACGGCCGCAUUUGAACGUAUCAUGCGAGAGGUAUCUGAUGCAACGUCAAAGCCGGAUGAAAAUACAUUGCUGCAGUUUAGCUUGGGAACUCAAAAUACAAUAAACGAUGUAGUACAGCAGAAAAAUAGCAGUAGUCAAAACACAACGCCAUACCGGGAAAGAGGUCGAAGUGUUGGAGUGGGUCCUAUGCGUCGGCCAGGUGAUAGGAAAAUUGAUACAUCACCAUACAGUAGCGGAAAUAUAGCCUAUCUCAGCCCACCAAGUGACUCAAAUUGGAGACGAACUAGCUCGGACUCAGCCAUUCAUCAAAGUUUAAUGCAAAAUCAAGACAAUCAUCACAGUCAUGGAUCUCAUUCGCCAAUACCAACCAGUCCAGUUGCUCAACGACGUAUACAAAGUAGCAAUAUAGAUAUUAAAUCCUUUGCAAAUGAUCAUGGCAAUAGUUUUGUGUUGAGCUUAAAUGAUAAUCGACCGAGAUCGUCAUGUGGAUUGCCUAGAUUACCUGGAAUUAAUAUUUAUCCAUCGGCUCACGACAAUUCAGUGCAAAUACCAAUUGGAAAUAAUACAGGAUCGUUGCCCGACUUGACGUCCGUUCAUUUUCCAUCGCCGUUGCAUACGCCACUCGAUCAAGAGCACGAUCACUCAAGCAGUCCGUACAGUUCGAGUCCGGUUACAACAUCACCAGCAACAUUAUCUCCGACGUCCAUACCAACAAGACAUCCUACCGCUAGAUUCCCAUAUUCCCCUGUCAAUUCUCCUGGUGAAGUAGUCAGUCCUACACAUUCACAUGGUACUAGUCAAGGUAACACGGCGUCUCAAAGCGGUCAAAAUUCGUUCGGAAAUGUCCAACAACAACAGCAGUCACCACGACAGCAACAGCAACAACAGUCACAGCAACAACAGCAGCAGCAACAACAGCAGCAGCAACAACAACAACAACAACAACAGCAGCAACAGCAACAACAACAAACGAACAUGUAUAGCCAGCAAAACCAGCACAGUCCACCGAAUAAUGUCCUGCACGGCUCUCAAAGCAACUUAGCAUCAUUGACACAAUCAAAUUUAUCGGGCUACCGAAGUCCGGGGCGGCCGAGUCCAGGAUCCAGCCCGGGCCUAGUAGCAAUGCCAAACAGCGGUGAUUCAAACACAAGUGCACCUUGCAGUCCAGCAUCCCAACCACUUGGAAACAAUGGGCAAUACGACCAAUUUCAAACGACUGAAUACUAUCUCAAUCCAUCGAUUCAGCAACAUUUUGAACAGUUUUCAUUGGUUGAUAAUCCGUUAACCGAUUAUUCAGCAAAUUCACCUUUGAACCAGCCAUAUUCACCGUACGACGACGGCAGUUUUAUACCAGUUUCUGGCUUAGACACGAUACAAACGAAUCAAAUGCAAAUAUCAUCAUCAAUGGGCCUUUCAAAUCCGAAUAUUAAUUUAAAUUCAACCACGAUGGCCAACGAUGGAACAAACCAUGUGAAUCAAACGAAUCAAGCGCAUAUGCAGCAGCCGUUGCAUUCGCCGACGUCGCCGCAACAUCAAAACACAUCGCAAAAUCAACAAGCGUCCAAUUCACAUCAUCAGCAGAUGACGCAAAAUUCGCAAAAUCAACAGCAUGGCCCACAAACGCCGAACACACCAACAAGUAUACCCGAAAUUAUAUUCACGGACUUUUCAGGAUCUAGUGAAUUGACAAAAGACUUAUUCGAUCAACCAAUUGAAUUGGAAUUAGGAACAAUGGAUUUCGCUGGAUUUCAAAUGUUAUCGGAUCCGAAUGCAACAAUGAUUGCAGAUCCAACUAUCGAAGAUAGCUUUAGGAGAGAUUUAAAUUAAGUCCAAUUUACAAAAAAAAAGAGAUAAAAAGAAAUAAGUAUAGAAAACAAAUGCAAGAAGCAAAAUGAAAUGCCAUUAUGUUCUUGGUUCUCAUCGGGGGUCGAGCUGAUGUUUGCCGGGACAAUAAUCUACGUCAAAGUGCAAAUUAACGUAAACGAAAAGCCGAAUUAAGCUGAAGAAGUCGAAAUAGAGAGAGAGAGAGAGAGAGAGAGAGAGAGAGAGAGAGAGAGAGAUAAAUCAGAUGUAGAAGAACUCACUGCUCUGCGAAGAAGCUUAUUCUCCCGGAUGAACACCACUUGACCGUAAGAGUAGAUAUGUUUUUGUUAGAUACAAAUGGAUUUUAUUUAAAUGAAUGAAGAAAAAAGCAAAGAAAUUAAGAAAUUAUCAUAAAAGUAAUUAUAUGAAUUCACAAAACGACACACCGAAUAUGUGCAGUUUAGACUUUCAUUUUUUUGUUUUGUAAAUAAUGGGAUUUAAAAAGAAAAAAACACACACAAUCGUACGAGAGAUGAAACAAACAAAUUUAUCGAAAUUGGCAUACAGUAUUUAUAAUUAUGCUGAUUGAAUAGAAAACGACGAGUUGAUGCAAUUUAAAAUUGAAAAAAAAAUCCGAAGGAUACACGUGUUUUUGUUACACCGCGUUCACUUGAGUCAGUGAAGAUUUGAAGAAGAAAGAGAAAACAUUUAGCAGAAGCAUUUCAGUUUGGUUCGAAAAUAAAACAAACAUGAAGAUUUGAACGGGAGGGGAAAAAACAAAUCAAUUGCGAAAUUAAUUCCGGAAGUAAUAUUGAUCGAAAACGAUUUUUUUUUUUGUGAAUAUGCACACGUUACAUUUUCAAUGACUAUUUGUGAAUAAUUCCGUCCAACAUCCAAUUACAAUUCGUAUGUUUUUUUUUUUGUAAUUUUUGAAAUGAAAGCGUUCGAUUCCGUAAAGUAUUUCCACAAAAAAGAGAACAAAAGAAAAUCGCUUAUUUUCUAAAACGGUCACAACGGACUUCAAUUUCGUUUUGUAUUUUUUUUUUCAUCCCCAAAAAGAAAUUGACGCCAGUUUAGUGCUGGUUUGCUGCUCUGACACCACAUUACACACAGUAUGCUGCCGCUUUGCCGCUCUCACACUACAGCAUGUAGUGUAGUGUGGUGUGAGAGCAGCAAACCAGCGCUAAACUGGUGUCAAUUUCUUUUUGGGUCGUUUCGUUUGUCAACUUCAAUCGAAGUGAAUCUUUUUUUUCGCGCGGUAAACGGUUUCAAUCAAUUCUAUUUGUUUUUCAAUUGAGAGAAUAUAUUUCAAUUUCUAUGGAGGAAUAAUUGAAUUCGCACAUUCAUUGGGACUUAUGAAUUCUCUGACUCGAUUCGGAUUGGGGACAAAAAGAUGUCAAUAUACUGAACAAAAACACCUAUAUUUCAACGCUGAAUGCAGACCAGAAAUCUGUUGAAUAUACAAAAAAAAAAGACACAAAACCAAAAUCCAUUUUUUUACAUCCAAAUUUCUCUUUGUAUUUUAAAAAAGAAGAAAAAAAAUCUUUUGUCUUAUUUUUUGGGGGUUUGAAUAGAGAGCAUCGGCGAAACCAAAUAAUGUAAUUCAAUCGUGAACAGAAAUAGAAAAAGUAAACGUGAAAGAAAUGUACAACUUAAAUGUGAAUGGAAUGCCGUAAAAAUGGAAAAAAAAACCUAAAUAAAUAAGCGAUGUUAAUUGGCAUGCAUUUUGCUCGGAAGUUUGUGGUGCCGUGUGUCAUAUGGACCGUCAUUUUAUUAACGAUCUUGUGAAACAACAGCCACAAAACAAAAACAAACAAACAUAAAAUUAAUACAUUGUCGUGUAUGAAUGUAGAUCGAUGUGAAUCAAUAACAAUUCUUUUUUAUUCCUUCUGUUGUUAUAAAAUGGCAAACAAAAUAGCGACGAACAGUUGAGCAAGUAAAGUAAACAGAAACAAAUAAAUAUAAAAUCACAAUUUUGUCAGUAAAAAUUUAAGUAACAAGAGAGAGAGAGAGAGAGAGAGAGAGAGAGAGAGAGAGAGAGAGAGAGAGAGAGAGAGGGAGAGAGAGAGGAACACUUCGAAUAAUAUCAUCAGUAAACAAUUGUCACAAAACGCUAUUCUAUUAUCAAAUCUUUUCGCAUACAGAGUCUGAACAUUUAAUAGAAUUAAAAAAAAAUAUCAACAACAACAACAAAACACAGAAAUGAGCAUAAAAACAACAACAUUUGAUUCAAUUUCUCUUCUUUUCUUUUUUUCCGUUAAAAAUAAAACCGAAAAACAAAGAAAAAAAAUAAUAAUCAUUAUAAUUACGAUAGUGGAAAAAAUGUGUAUAAUUGUCAAUCACACACAAAUUUUUUAAACAUUCUGCACAAAAAAAGGGAAGUUAAUCUAAUAGAGAGGAAAAAAACAAAAAUCGUUAAUCAUGGAAGUCGAAUUUGUAUGUAACAAAUAAAUGUUCAUUGAGAGCAAAUAAAAAACAAAAACAAAGCGCGCUUUCGACUUGAGCGGCCGUUUAUGCAAAUAACACGCAGCUUCAAAACAAAAAUCUGUCAAAACACACACACACACAAAAUCACACACAUACAAAUCGUUACGCAAGCCCCUUAAAUUCGUUCCGUUUCCAUUCAAAGUUCUCUCAAUUGUUCUUUCUUUCUUGGAUUGACUUGAAUGUGUAGAAAAAUAAGCAGUGCUGAUGCAAGCACCAAUCUCAUGAUAUUUUUUCUACUAUACGUUCUUGAAAAAUGUCAUUUGCCUCUGUUAAGCAAAGAUAGAAAAAAAACCAAAAAAAAAAAAUUACUGCACACGUGUAAGAUAACUAAGCCUUUUGAUUGUGCUAAACGUGUCUUAUUUAAGAAAAUGUUAAAUAUUUGUUCUUCCUUUCGGGAUUUUACUCUUUUUUAAGUGUAUUUUCGGAUAUCAACCUCAUUUAAGAAAGAUGUGUAACAUUUUUCCAAUGAAAACUCUCUCCUCUCUUCGAUUUUUUUACAGGAAUCGUCAUCCAAUUUCCAUUCAAAUGCCACGGAACGCAAUCGUAUCGACUUGCUUGUUUAGUUUCUGGGUAAAAAAAAAUGUGUUUGAAUGGAAAAUUCAACGUAUUUCUCAUCGAUAUAAUAGUCUGUAAUAAGUUUCAUGAAACCAUUUAUUUAUAAUCUGUUUUCUACAUUCGACACCCCCUUCCUCCGUCAACAGAACAUAUAUGUUGUCAAUUCUUUGUAUGAAAUGGAACAAUCUCUAUAAUUAUUGCUUCUAAUGCUAACGAAAAAAAAGAUCGGAACUCACUGCGAUCGAAAAGGAUUGGAAUUGGGCCAUCAUACCUACACAAAGACUGUUUGUAAGAAAAGAAACUCAUUAUUGCUGUGUGCGUUAAACCUGAUUACAUGAUAAUAUAGUUGAAUUUCAGCAAAUAUUACAUUUCAUUGUGAUUCAUUAUAAUGCUAUCGUACCAUAUAUUACUAACACAUAACCAGAAAAGGAAAAAAAAGAAGCAAAUCUGAUUUUGUUUUCAUUGUGAAUAUCGAUGCAAGCAAUUAAUAGCCAGCAUUUUCUGAACCACCAUUUCACAUAUAGUCAAUAUGUACGUUGACAAUUUUCACAAAUCUACUAAACGAAAAUAUUAAAUAAAAACCAAUGAAUCCCCUUUUCUAAAAUAAUUGGUUUCGUCAUCAAAUGUUCAGAAUAAUACAAGUAAAACAAACCGAAUCAAAUCAUGUUUUAACAUUGAAUUUUAGAUUGAAUCGCGCACCACCAUAAUCCAUGUAAUAAAUGGCACAACAAUACUUUCGUCUUAUUCACUGUUGCCGUCUUCAAUUUUGAAAGAGAAAAACCUAAACGAGAAGAACAAACGAAGCAAACCAUGUUUACAGUAAUUUUGAUAGUUUCCACGGUCCACCCACCAUCCACGAUUUUUCAUUUGGAUGGAUUGUUUGGGCUCAUCAUAUCAGCUUUUUGUCUCAAUUAGCCAGCAUUGGUCAGGGGAAAAACGACAAAGAAACGAACGAGAAACAAAAAUGCAUGAUUCGGUUUGAUAGAUUCGAAGCACCAAACAGCACAAAAUAAGCUGAAGUAUGAAUAUUCCAUGAUUAUUUAUCACAUGUUAUUUGAAUUGAAUGUGAAAAACACACUCACUCACAUACACACGCAUUCAAAUAAACCGGAUUCUAGAGCUCUAGCAUUCAGAAUGGCAAAGAAAUCGAGGAAAAUAAACAACAAGUGAAAACAAAACAAAUAUUUACGGACAUAAAAAAUCAAGAGGGAAGAAAAAGAAAAGAAACUUCUUCAACAUUUAAUGUAUUGCAAAGAAGCUAGACUUAGUGGCAAUUUAAAAGAGAAACACCUCGGUAGAAUUCAUUGCUACACAGCGACAAAUGGAUCUUUUGACUUCGGAUUUAAACAAUUUUUACAUUUAAAUUUCAGAAGAAUAAGAAGAAAAACACUUACACUUACUUUUUACUGUUUAAAAUAAACAGCGUUUUAUUAAGAAAUCAUUGAUUUUCUCUCUCUUUUUUUCUGUCAAUUUAAUAGAAAUACAUUUAUUUUUAUUGUCAAAUCGUUGUAACAUAUUAUCAUCUUUGAGGGACUAUGAAAGAGAAUGAAUUAAUAAAAAUCGAUUAUUAAAAUCUAUGCAUAAAAAAAACUGAACUGAAUGUUAUUUUGAGUUGUUUUUUUUUCGUUCUUCUUUUUCAAUGACUACAUGUUACAUGUGAAAUUGACCACGUCAGCAUUGGCCGCUGCCCCGGCAAAAGAAGAAAAUAAAUCAGAAUGAAAAUGACAAGAAAAUUGUAUAUUGACAAGAUUGAGAAUUUUUUUCUCUCGUCACAAAAUAUAUCAAAUGUUUCUAUUUGUUUAUUAAUGCUUAUCAAUUUUUAUCAUCGUCUGAAUGUACCUAUAUCCUAAGAAUUUUAUUUCUAGUUAAAUAAAAACAAAAAUUCUAUUUAAAAAAA